AUGCAUAAAAAGAUCUCACACAUAAGCCAUUUUUCCUGUCCUGAGUGUGUGAAAUGUUUUUCACAGAAGUCCUAUCUUUACACACAUCAGAGAUCUCACACGGGGGAGAAGCCAUAUCCCUGUCCUGAGUGCGGGAAAUGUUUUUCAGACAAUUCCCAUCUUUACAGACAUCAGAGGCUGCACACGGGAGAAAAGGCAUAUUCUUGUCCUGAGUGCGGGAAAAGUUUUUCAGAUAAGUCCAAUCUUUACAAACAUCAGAGAUUGCACAUGGGGGAGAAGCCGUAUAUCUGCCCUGAGUGUGGGAAAUGUUUUUCAGUGAAGUCCAAUCUUAAGAGACAUCAGAGAUCUCACACAAGGGAGAAGCCACUUUCCUGUCCUGAGUGA